AUGGUUUUUCUCGUUCUCGCUACUGGCGCAGCCAUCUACUUCACCGUCGAAAAGGUUCGCGACCACAAGAAAAAGAAGCGAGCCUUGAGAGCUCAAGAAGCUUCACGACACGGCUUGGUCGAAACCGUAUCAAACAUUGACGAAAACACAGCCCGCCGCUCAAUGGAAGACCUCCCACCGUACAUUUUGAGAGAACCUCCACCAUACCAGAUAAGGGACCAACAUCGCGAGUUGAAGGAAAACAAGUAG